AUAAGGUCCGAUGAAUUCACCUCGAGACCUCACCAGGAUACGCAUCCGAACCUCACCACACACACAACUACCAUGGCAUCUCCCCGAGUUUGGUUCAUUACCGGUACCUCCACCGGUCUGGGCAAAGCCCUCGUUGAGCUCGUACUCGCCAAGGGCGAGAUCGUCGUCGCCACCGCCCGGCGCACCGCGCCGCUCGACGACCUGAAGGCCGCGUACCCCGCCUCCCGCCUGCUCGUACUCAAGCUCGACGUCAGCAAGCCCGCCGAGAUCACCGCCGCGUUCGCGCAGGCGAAGGAGGCGUUCGGCCGGCUCGACGUCGUCGUGAACAACGCCGGGUGGGGCACGUUCGGCGAGGUCGAGUCCGUCGUCGACGCGGACGCGCGCGCGAUGUUCGACACGAACUUCUGGGGCGCCGUCGACGUCUCGCGCGCUGCGCUCGCGUUCUUCCGCGAGGUGAACGCGCCCGGAGUCGGGGGACGGCUCGUCCAGAUCUCGUCGUGCUGCGGCGUCGUGGGUCUCCCCGGCCAGGCUUUCUACUGCGCGUCCAAGUUCGCUCUAGAGGCCGUCUCCGAGUCGAUUGCUGCAGAGAUUGAUCCCUCGUGGAACAUCAAGGUCACCCUCAUCGAGCUCGGCGCGUUCUCCACCGAGGGUAUACAGAAGAUCGCCUGGUCGACCCCGCAUCCAGCAUACAGCAAGCCCGAGCUGCCCGUCCACGGGAUGCGGAACAUGUGGGACCAGUUCAACCCCCAGGGCGACGUGAAGAAGGCGGUCGAGGUGUUCUACACCGUCGCGGGCUUACCGGAACCCCCUCUUCAUAUCGCCGUCGGCAAGGACUCGAUUGGAAUGAGCAAGGCCAAACUCGGCAAGGUGCUGGCUGAGUUUGAGAAGUACGAGUAUCUGUCGGAGAACUUGAACAAGGACUAG